UUGUAGUAGGCCACUUUUCUUUCUGUUCUUUCUGUAAAAGUGCUGCGGUCUUCUGAGUUUGUCUAAAGACAGUUGUCAUAUAAAUGCCUCUUUGUAGCUCACUGCCAGUGGUUGCACUUAUUCUGCAGCCGCUGUACAAGCGUUGCAAAAGCCGCAGCUUUGAUGUGCUCUGCUAAAAGUUUGCAUCGAUAGUAUGCGGCGGAGAUGUGGGGGUGCCGGCAUGUCAAGUUUGGCGGGCAAUGGGAAAGGUAGCAUUUAUAUAACUGAAACAUCGCCGGUAGACUGCCGUCGCUGCCGCUUUCGCCUGGCAACGAAUUGAUUUUCCCAUUUUCAAAUUUAGAGCCAUCGAACCACCCUGUUGCUGUUGAUGAUAUUGGUGCAUCUGUGCUUGUAUGGCACUAGUUCUCAUAUCGAUCUCUAAUCGCCUUGUUUGCUCACGCUCGAUCCGGUGCCGUGUUUUCAUUGAAGCCUCCGGCUUCCGCAUUGAUCGCAGCAUGACAUGUGCUUCAUUUUCCCACGCUACUUUCCUUUCAGGCGCUUUUUGCGUGUCCUGUAUGGCGGAAAAAAUGGAGCUUAGGAAGAGCUUGAGAAGGAAGUUCUCAGGGAACAUACGUUCUCCUGUUGUAAGAAGAGACAGCCAGGCUGAAGUAGUACUCAAAGGUUGGCUUUAUAAACUUGAGGGAGCGACAAUAAAACAGUGGAAGAAACGCUGGUGCAUCCUUUCAGAGUACUGCUUGUUCUAUUAUAAAGGUCCUGAUGAAGAGAAGUGUUUAGGCUCCAUUUUACUCCCAAGCUACAAAAUCAGGCCAUGCACAGCUGAUGACAAGGUGUCCCUGAAGCAUUCGUUUGUGGCUGAGCACCAGAACACAAAGACAUACUAUUUUGCUGCGGAGAACAAUGCCAGUAUGUGUCAGUGGAUGAAUUCCAUGUCCCUUGCUUCUCUUAUGCAAAAGGACACUGACCGCAGCCGUCAAGCACUGCCGUUGCACGGGAUGCAAGCUGCUGUGAAUGCCUCCCAAGGCAUUCCACCAGACUACCACUUCUCACCACAUGUAGCACCCCAGAGGCCUGGCAUGCAACAACCUCAGCGUCCCUCUGAUGAAUCCUUCGAGGUUGAGGCAUACUCUGCGGGGGCAACCACAGAAGGCCAUUAUUUGGGCAGCGGGGAUCAAUACCCAUGCUCUUACACUCGUAGCCCCAUUUAUGACCAACGGCCUCCACCUGCUGCCCCUCGACAGCGCCCAUGCUAUCCAGUGUAUGCCAAUGCACCUCCCAAGCCUCUCCGACAUGGUGCAACAUCUCCAAAUGUUGCCGAGGGUGGUGGCUACGAUGCCUGCAACAGCUAUGAGGGCUACGAUUUUUAUGGGACACAGGAGCCCUUGCCCGCAUAUGCCGGCCGACCCGUUUCAGCACACUACGGAGAGAAUGUGCCAAACUCUACACUGACAUCAACUCAGCUGAUGAGGCCACGCUCAGCUGACUUCUUGGAGCGUGAUGACGAUGGCGAAGAGCCAUACUUCAGCAAGAAGAGUGCACCAGCUGUUGCAGCUAAGCCUCGCCCAAAGUCCAGCAUGGCUCAUUACGAUUGGGAAGAUGAGGACGAGGCUCACGACUGGCGGGGGCAGCAGCAGCCGCAGCAGCAGUGGAGGUCUCGCACCAUGGAGACAGUGCCACAGGCAGGUGUGUUUCACGAUGAGUCACAACUGGGAAGAAUGCCAUCAGCCAAGGCAGUGAGUGCAAGUGGAAAUUCAGCACAAAGCAAAAAGGCAGCUCAUAAGGAACAGUCAAUGAAGCGACUGCUGGAAUGGAAGCAGCGCAUGCUGCAGUCUCCCCUGUGCAAGAAGCCAGGCCAGCAGCAACCGCAGCAACAGCUGCAGCACCACCAUCAGCAGCACGUUGUGCCUUCUCCUCAAGAACUCCAGUCGGCAGUGCUCCGCAAAACACCGGCGCCCGAGUCCUCACAGCCCCCCGAGCGGCCCCCGUUACCUGAAGAGUACAGAAGACGGGCUUCUGAAGGUUCUAGGCCAAUGGAUGGCAUGCCAGGAGGUCGCUUCUUCAGUGCGGAGCCAAGAGGAGAACCUGUGGGCCGGGCCCAAGAGUCAUCAGCACCACCAGGACCAGAUCUCAUUCAGCAUGCAAAGAUGUCACCUUCAAGGUACAGCGACAGCCCGGAUUAUGUUAACUUGCGGAACCUUCGUUGUGAUCCCGAAUUUUACCACAAGAAACAGUCCCAAAGUUACACGGCCCCCAAUUUGCAAAGCCAGAAGCCCCUGCGUUCCUGCCUGAGCCAGUCAAGUGGUGACCGGAGACCAUUGCCUGCACAGCAUGAACAAGCAGGCACCGAUUGGAGCCAGCCAUCGCCGAGAGUAGAUCAAGGCUCUACUGGUUUGCGGGGUGAAACUUCUCCGUUCAGUCACCGUCAUGAUUCUCAUAGCACAAUUCAGUCGCGUGCUUUUAGUCCCUUUGAGAAAGCUUACUCCAAUGCAGUACACAGCAGGUCUUACACUGAAGCACAUGACAAGCCUUGCGCUGAAGACAACCAUUCUAGCUUCUACGACACUGCUUAUGUGCAUUCUGACAGGCAGCUGAGCCCAACUAACAUUCUUGUGCAACGAGGCAACCAAAGUGCGACUGCCAGUAGUCACAUAAACAGGGAAAAAAAGGCUCAGCUACUGCACGAGCAGUUCCCUGAAGCCAGGCAGACAAGUCACUCUUCGCCAGGUUCUUCUUUGCCAAGGCACCAGCAUGAUGAAUCAACAUUACUUGAGGAAAAGAGUUUGCUGCAAGCUAGGCAGUUCACGUCCCCUCACGGCAGCGCUGUUAGAGACUCGAAGAUUGUUCUCAGGCAUCACAACACCCAGCUGUUAUCUGAUCACCGUGCCACCGAUCGGGACAGCAGUCUGUCAAGGUCAGACCAAGGUUUGGGCAGUCCACGACCUGACGUGCCCCAAGAAAGGCUCUAUGGCAAUGCUGACAUGUGGCUUCACAAGAAUAGCUCUGGCUCUUCAUGCAUGUCACAGUGUGCUAAAACCACCACACAGGAUGAGGAGGUGUUCUUAAUCAAGAAAGAAGACUAUUACAAAGCCUCACAAAUGUUCUAUCCCAAGCAGCCUGCUUCGAAGACCCUUCUAGGUUCUAUUUCUGACCUAGAAAGCAGUGGCAGCGGUGCUGCUGAAAUGGAGACCUUUGACAGCCGUUACCGUCGCAGCUCAGCCACACCGAAAAGUCCGCAGUGGGAAAUUGACAAGGAUGUGGGACUUCCAGUCCCUGACAACUUGGACGUUUCCUUCCAGUCAACUAGCAAUAAUUCUGUCUUUGAAGCAUCGUGCGAGUGCCAAACACCAGGGGAUCAGAGCCCGGAGCUGUUCCAGGGCACUCUGCGCCCCAAUCGAACAUACGUAAGGGAUCGGCAACCCUCCAAGAGUCCCAUUCAUCUGUCAAAAGACCUUGGCAACGACACCGAAGCAACCGAAGUGAAGACUCCUGUGGGCAACUCAAGCUUUGAAGAAAUGAGAGCUGCAUACCAGAAAAAGAAGGAAGCACCGCCUGUGAACAUAGUACAGGACAGAAUUAAGUGCUUUGAGCCGAAAGACGAGAAGAGUCCAAGCCACGGGGAAAGUGUUCGAGAAAGCUGGGAAGCUGCAGAGCAAAAGCAAAUUGGGGAGAGAAAUGCAUCAUCAGUGUGCAAUAAUGAAAGUCCACAGGAUGUUGAGUUCAGGGCCAGUGCUUCCGACGCGGAGAAGAUUGACUCCCUAGCAAAGUAUGGCAGCACGUCCAUCCUUGCUAGUCUACAUAGAAGUGCAGAGUUGAACCGAGAGGGCGCACAGCAUACGCAAAACGAUAAGCUCCGACAAGAACAGGUGCAAAAGCCAGACACAGUGCUGUUUCUCAGGCACUGUCCGCAAGAACCACCCCCUUGCUCAUUGCAGUCUAAACCACCUGAGGCGCACUACCUUCCCAUGGGCUGGCUGACAAGUGAGGCAGAUUACGUUUCCAUGAAUGUUGAUCUUAGUCCUGGUUGUUCACUUGAAGAGCCAGUUUACAAUGAGCCCAUGUUGCCAGUCUCUAGCUACGCUCAUGAGUCUUACGGAAAUUCUUCAUUGGCUUGUCAAAUCCUUAAAUCUGAAAGUUCAGGAUCGAGCAGCAACGGUUCAGCUGAAAACAUUUACGAGCAAGUCCAACAGACCUCAGAAGACUUGCAUGCCAUGCCGUAUCACAGCACAGGGGACAGUGUACAGUCUAAAAGAGAAAGUCCCCCUGUUUAUGAAGAGCCAUACCGACUGGCACCUUCGCAGCCUGAGAGCAAGUCACCUGAGAAGCCAAAGAGUCAUGAGUUGUUUAUGAAAGACGGAUGCAAGCAGCUUGUGAAGAAGGCCAUCCCAGAUUUGUUGCACCAUGAGGAAGUCAAGGACUCUGGAGCCUCAGAUGCGGAUGAUGAGGCUAGCCGGGCCGACUUUGACACUGCCACUUCAUCUCUGCCGAGCUACCAGAAAGAAAUUCUGAAUGAUCAUCUGUCUUCUGUCCCACUUCGCUCACCGGCACAACCCUACUUACCUGUUUACACGUCACACACCACAAAAUACUCAUUCAAAAAGGAAAGAAAGCCUGAGGAUACAUCAGUACAAAGUACUGAUGCUUUUAGAGAACCUGAGAAAUGCAGCCCAAGCCAGCAUUCCAAGUUUGUGUCCUUUGCUGGAACAGCCACAUUGACAAAUUCCAAGAUGAACCCUGAUGCAUUUGUCAAAUUUUCUUCUUACCAGAGUGAGAACAGGCCCACUAGUAUUGGACUGUUAAAGAGCCUUGAUGGUGAGACGAGCUCCAGUGAGGCUGGUUCUAGCUUGACCAGCUCCGUGAUUAAAACAAGCAGUGCAGAUACCUCGCUCCGCUGCUCCUCAACUCAGGGCAACUUUAGCCAGGUUUCGUCGCCCCUUCUGUCUACUGCCCCUGACGUCUUGCCAUCGGAAGUUCGAAGUGUUGUCUCAGAGUGCAACUCCAACAAGGUGCUAAACAGCAGCAACAGCAGCAACAGUGCACCAUACUACUACUCUGACAUCUUUGGCGACAAGCUCGGAUCGGCUUUUGGCAGCUCAGCAGCACGACCUGCUAGUCAGCAGUUGCGCACAACACCCAACAUGCUCAACAAUACUCGUGAUGUGACAUCUAUGUCCCCACAUUCCAAGGAACAUGUUGGUCGUAAGGUCAACAAGAUCUCAACUCCACAAACUGGGCUUGGUGUCAGCCAUACGCGCACGCGCAGCGAGCCGCAGUCAACAGACGACUUGGAGAGCACCCUUCGCGGUCUUCUCCACCCCGCGAACACCCGCAAGUUUUCCGACGCCGAGCGCAACAAGUAUGUUGCCGGUCACACACUUGAAAAGACAUCGCAUAUGUCGCGCUCUGUUCUCUGCCAUAUGCGCAGUAAGCAGACAGCUGAAACAAGCCAGCCAAAGUCAAAGGAAUGCGCUCCCCCUCCACAUGACUCUGGAGAAGGUGCCGAAUGUCGGAGCUCUGGGAGGAUGCUGCCGAGGCGUCUGUCUCGCUCGCUGGAAGACAUCAUCGACAGCUCACCUGCAGAGCAUGUGAGCCGCAGCAAGACACCUGUGAUACCAACGUGCUGUCAAGAUGAGCCCUACUACGAGAACGUUGGGUUUGGGAGUGCACGUGUGCAGGCGUCACCUUCGAAAGCACUCAGUGGGGCUAGCCCUCAGGUGUCGCCAGCAAAGCACAGCAUUUACGACGGUGAGGAUUUGUGCAGGGAGUUUGUGGCUGCCAGUGUGCUGAGUGAUCCCCUUGGGAUUCUGGGGAAAUCUGCUGGACAACUUCCUGCUGAAAAGCAGCAGAAGACAGCGGCUUGCAGCAGCGGCUUCAUGCAGAUGGGUUCCUUGAGCUCCAGUCUGGGAUCGCUCAAGUUGUCUUCGCCUGAGCGUCAGGAGGCUCCUUUAUAUUCCAGCUGUAGCCCUCAGAUUGAAACAGGUAAGCGCUGCUGGUCAAAUGACUUCCCAAAGUCUGCUGUUCAAGGCGAUCUGCACCGGCACAGCAUUGACAGUUUGCACACUCGUGGGAUGGAAGUUCAACCAAGAAAUUCACCUGAAAGGGCCUCUCAGCCGACAUCUCCGUCCAGUCCAAACCUGAGCCAUAGCAUUUCAGCUGGUGAUCUGCUAGGAAAAAGUCAUGAAGAGCUGGUCCUGCUCCUGAUUCAGCUGAGAAGAAGUCAAAGCAACUUGUUAUCGUGCCAACUCCAGUGCAAGGAAGAACUGCAGGAGCUAAAGCAAAAGCUUGUUCAGAGUGACACGCAGAGCAGUGCAGCAGACGUUCAGCGUUUGGUUGGCCUUCAACGGAGCUUGAAUGAGUUGACGAGAAACCUGGACCUAACUCAACCACUGAUCAGCUUGGUCGAGAACAUGGUCAAGCUCGGCAGUCUGUACACUGUUGCCGGCAUCAGCAAGCAGAACAAAAAAAUGGAUGAGGGCGAAGAUUAUCGCUACGAGGACACCUAUGCUGAGACUCUGGAGGCUGAAACUUUAGAGAAACAGCAGCUGCUGAUUGAAAAGGAAAUUCUACACAUUCAGAACAUGCUUGCUGAAAGCACUUCGUGUGGAAGUCCUCUCAAAGAUGACUUGGAGGUUGAGCUCAAGAGGCUUCAAAAGAUAGUGAAUGACCUACUUCAAAAGAAGAGUAAGGCAUCCAUGCCCCCCAAUGCCUACACGGAGAAAGAGUCUCAAGUGAAAGCAAAGCCUCUGGAACCAAAGCAUAGCCCCACUGGGAGCGUUCCAGAGCGAAAGCGCCACCAGAAAACUUACUACGAAACUGACCUUGACUCGUCGGUGACAAGUAACCUCGCUCUGGACAGCCGGCCAACAUCCUUGUGUGAUGUUGUCACUAAUUCCCAGGUUGCAGAACUGGAGUCCCCCAGCUUCUCACCUGAGCCGAGCGAUAUGGCUGAGGACAGGUCAUAUGUGGUGCAAGACAUUAGCAAAGCAGACGAUCGUACUAAAAAGUUCUACGGGCUGCUGCCCCGGGACCGUGCACAAGAAAUCAAGACGGUGCGCAUUGUGAAGCGUGAGUCUGAGCGCAGGAACAAGGGCAAGGAGCGGCGGAAGGGUGGCCUGGAUGACAGCUGCCCUUGGUUGCCCGAAGAGGGGGACACAGUCUUUCAAAACGAGGAGGAGGAAGAAAGUGCAGAAACCAGGACUCCGGACGCCUCUGUUUUAACGUAUGAAUCGUCGUAUGAAACCAAGAAGCCAGUUCAGGACAGCUCAAGCUCUGAAGGCAGAAGCACAAGUUCGUCGUCGUCAGCAGAGAGCACGUCUAGUGGCCAGCGCACGCCAGUGAAGACCGAGUCUCGUCGCAACAAGCGUCGCCACUACACCAUCUCUGGGAGCCAUCCUUUCCUGGAGCAGCAUUCACCGCCUAAAAUGCCUGCUGGCCUGCGGUCACGGGAUGACAUGGACAUGGAGCGAUGCCUGAGGACAGUCAACACGCCAGACAUUGUGCGCUCUACUAUAAAGAAGUCUGAAGUCUUCGACGAACAGACCAUCGACAUGCAGAUUGGCCUGCCUCAGAAGAUUCUCAUUCCCGAGCGGUACAUUGAGGUGGAGUCCGAGAAUGUGUCCGCUGUGGAGCAGCUUCGAAGAAGCCUCAAAGCGGCCAACAUUCGCAAGAUGCUUACGGAAACUGUUGGGUACGAGGACCUUGGUGCCCGGGGCUCUGUGGAAGCACUGCGGUCCAAGGUGGGUGAGGAAAAGAGGCGCCGGGCGCACCUGCUGGCUCUCAGCCACACCAUCGCCAAGGAGGUCAUGGAGCGAAGCAAGAUGGUCGCAGCGCACGUGACCUACCAGGAAAACACAUAGUAAUGUGUUCCUUUGUGACUUCCUUUCCUGUGCCUCCUGCAUAAACACACACACGCACGUGCAGUCUUGGGAGUCGCACCUGAUUUCGGUGCCUUUGCCGUCCACAUGCCCAUCUCUGCAUCUCUCAUCACAUCAGCUUGCACCUAGCAAACGCGAAGCGGGGUUAUUGCUUUCAGUAUUUGUGGGAUACUCUUUUUUUUUUUUCGUCUUGCUUCAGUUUGUAUCUCGAUUUUGUUUUCACAAUGUCAUUUUUGCUUGCCUGUUUGUUGUUCGUGUUGCAUCCUGCGUGCAGCGCAUUCCCACCUCAAGAAUGUAUUAGUGAAGGCAGCAGUUGUCGCAAUAUUACGUUGCUACUACACCACCAUUUUAUUUUGCAUAUCAUCUUCCCAUAAAUGUUCAUUUGCAUUGCAUCCUGCCUGCGACGUUGACCCACCUUGAAAGCAUAUUGUCAGUAGUGCUGUGAUGUUCACCCUUGUUGCUCUCUUGCUGCAUCUAUUCUUUGUUUCUUUUGGCACUCUUUGUACUGGUUCGUUUUGUCCGUUUCUCGUGUCACAUUUCGGCAUUGUGUUGUUGCUUUCGUUGCCCAUUGUGGGGCCUAUGUCGAUGCAUUUAGAGGGUUCGCCUUAUUUGAUGAACGUUUUAAGUUCUUGGAUACACCCCUCUUGCUUCAUUUGGUUCGUUUAAUCACGAACUGGGCUGAUGCAAGUCGUUCAUUAUGGCCUUAUGCAUUUUUCUUUUUUUUUUUUCAUCUUUUCGUGAUAUAUUGAGUUUUGAUUGGGGUUCCUACUCAGCUGUAGGCACACCUACUUGUGUACUAACUUACGUUUUUGCUUUCGAUGUGAGGUGAACUGCAGGUUAGCUUUUACUUUUGUUAAUGCUCAAGAAUUUGAAGGUCAGACCAGACGUGACGAAAUACUACUAAGGUGCUCAUGGCUCAGUGUACUUAACACAUUAAGAUUUCUGCAGUGUUAUGAUAUGUUUCUUUUUUUUGUGUGUCUUUGUGCGUGGUGUUGUAAUAGCAACUUGUCGUCUAUUAUGUUUUCUAUUGUUUUUGUUUUUUUAUAUAAUUUCACUCAGCCAUGCAUUUCAUAUGAAAUCAUAUCUUUUUAUGAUUGGCAGCUGCCUCAGUACUUAACUGCCAUUUCUUUUUUAGCCAUGUACCUUCCAGUACCCUACAACGUUAUAUGGCAUUCUAAACCUAGUGCUUUUAUGUGAAAGCUAAGCUGAAGCCUUAAUUAAUGUAUUCUAAGUGACCAUUGUAUGUGCAAUUGCGGAUUAGGGGGUCGCAAUUUCUUUUUCUUUUUUCCCCUAGUGUAUUGUGGGGCCUGUGCAACGCUGCUAUAAGUACGAAACUGCUGCUCAGACCACUCCAUGGCUUUUUUUAUAUAGAUACAUAUAUCCACGUAUUUCAUGGAAGUUUUACAAACAAGAACGGGUUCAAAUUAGAGCGCGCUACUUAGUAUUUUUUUAUUAUUAUUGCACGUUUACACAUUUAUGUUCUUAAUGUUCUUACUUUUUGUGACAAGAGCAGCUAGACCUCUUGUUUGUUUUUUAUUUUGUUUGGAUCAUUGCCUGUGUUUCUGGAUUUUCACAACAGCAGUUGUCUGUCAACUUAUUCAGUGCAUUCUUAAUAUCUUUGUUCCUACUCAGGCGCACUUCUGUCCUACACUAAUAAUAGUCACCAUCCGACAUGAGCUUCUUUGGUCCACUUUGAGUAGUUGACAUUGUCCUCUUAGCCAAGCUUGCAUUGGCAGUAGCAUGACCUAUGUUCCAUCCCUAUUUAAAAAUGUGUGCCCAAUAAGCGUCACGCCUAAUGCAUAAGGUUUUGCGCUCGAUCAAUCAAGCAAAUUUUAUUUCAAUAUGAAAUGUACACUGUGUUGGAUGGAAACAAAAAGCCAUUCAUCAGGCUUGACAAGGUUUGUGACCCUAUACAUGGCAAGCAGCAAAAUAAACGUGUAAAACUAAUAGUUUAGUAAUUAACAAUUAAAUACACAGAAAUUGGCUAUUGCAAUAAUAGAAAGGCAAGAACCUAAAUUGGAAUAAGUAAAGCAUAUCAAGUUAAAUAACUAAAUCAUAAAACAUAAUAACAUGCCUAAAGUGAUGCCGAAUGUAACUGCUGAAACACUGCUAAAAUAAUUACUAUGUACCGCGUGAACGCAACAAUAAUGUGCAAUACGAAACAAUGCAAAUGCACUGUGAAAAAACAGCUUGAGAGCAAUACGUGCUAUUUCUACCAAGGCAUUCAUUGGUAUGGAAACCCAUAAAAAUUCAUAUGAUUCCAUGUGACAAUAUGGAAUUAUUUGAUUUAACUGGGGUGUCUUUUUUUAUAAGAGGUACACAAAGUAUGCUUUAGGUCAACAUUAAAGAGUACCAAGUACAUGAAAUUAAUCAAAGCGUGCCCCCUACCACUAUGCUACGGUUGCCUCAGCUUGUGAGUGGGUUUGCUGCAUUAAAUCCCAUCAUUUAUAUUCCAUUCUCCUUGUUUAUUCUAUUGUACUUGGUACUGUCCUUUUCUGUAACAUUUGUACAGGCACAACGUUAUUGAGAAAAAAAUCCAAUCCUGCAACGUCCUUGUAUUGUACUUUUGUGUGUGUUGCCCACAGUAGGGAUUAGUAAUGUUUAAAAAGUACACGUUGCAUUAGCAAAUGUUUCCAUGCUGUGUUUCUUCAUGGCAGCACGCUUUGCAUUACCACAGAGCUCUCGAAGUAUGGUGAAGCUUCAGUAAUGACUGCAUAUAUAAAAUUGCUUUCUUCUUCUACACCCCAUAUUCCUUUUUUUUUUUGCCAUAUGCACUUAUGUGCUGUUAAUGGCAGGUCACAGGUGUGGAAAUUAUAAGAAAGCUUAUUCUACAGUGGUGACUAUUAUCAUUGUAGGAAGAAAGUACUUCUCGGAAGGUGCAAGGUGUUUUUUGACAGUAUAUCUGCUUUGUCUUACAAGUGUGGCUGAGAGAGCUGGGGAGUACAGUAGAAUGCCUUUGAUGCACUUUCGAAAAGUAAAUAAAAAGUGAUGAAGAUGUCA